UCUUCCCCUUCCCCUUCCCUCUCUGUUUUCCCUCUGCAAGAAGACAAUUCUUUCCGGCAUUUGGUCGAACAUUUGGUCUUCGCCGCACUUCCAUCGAAGGUCACCGAGUUUCUCGCCGGAAAACGCAGUGGGUUCGAUCUCAGUCGAAGUGAAGAAGAAGACGACGAGGAGGAGGAGAGAGAGGAGAGUUGUAUUGUUUGCUCUUUCCGAUGACGUGAGUGGAAUAAAGUGGUAAGAUAGAGAGAUGGGGAAGGUGGGUUUUGGUUUGGCAGUGAGUUGUGCAGUGGCGUCUUGUGCGAUCGCAGCUAUUCUGGUGAGUCGUAGAGUGAAGAGUAGGCGAAAGUGGAAUCGUGUUGUGGGUGUGUUAAGGGAACUAGAGGAGGGAUGUUCGACGUCGAUAGGGAGACUGCGGCAGGUGGUGGAUGCCAUGGCUGUUGAGAUGCAUGCAGGGUUGGCUUCUGAAGGUGGGAGUAAGCUCAAGAUGCUUCUCACCUUCGUCGACAACCUCCCCGAUGGGAAUGAAAAAGGAACUUAUUAUGCGUUCCAUCUUGGUGGAACUAAUUUUAGAGUCUUGCGGGUUCAACUAGGGGGUAAAGAGUCGAAGAUAAUGGGACAUGAAGUGAAACGUCAACCCAUUCCGCAACAUUUGAUGACUAGUAAGAUUGAGGAUCUCUUCGAUUUCAUUGCAUCAACGCUGAAAGAGUUUGUUGAAAGAGAGGGUGAUAAUUCAGGGCUUCAAAUUGGCAGCAGGAGAGAGCUUGGCUUUACAUUCUCUUUUCCUGUAAAACAGCUAUCUGUUUCGUCAGGUCUACUCAUUAAGUGGACAAAAGCUUUCGCUAUUGAAGACAUGGUUGGAAAAGAUGUUGCUGAGUGUUUACAGCAAGCAUUGGCCAAGAGAGAGUUAGAUAUGCGGGUGGGAGCAUUGGUGAAUGAUACUGUGGGAACAUUAGCUCUUGGACAUUAUGAUGAUGAGGACACUGUGGCUGCAGUAAUCAUUGGCACAGGCACAAAUGCUUGCUAUGUAGAGCGGACAGAUGCAAUUAUUAAGUGUCAAGGUCUUCUUACAAAUUCUGGAGGCAUGGUUGUCAACAUGGAAUGGGGAAAUUUUUGGUCAUCUCAUCUGCCAAGAACAUCAUAUGAUAUGGAUCUGGAUGCUGACAGCCCUAAUCCAAAUGACCAGGGUUUUGAAAAGAUGAUUUCUGGGAUGUAUCUUGGUGAUAUUGUGAGGAGGGUCAUUCUUAGGAUGGCUCAAGAGUCGGAUGAUUUUGAGGAUAUUGCAUCUAGGCUAUCAGUGCCCUUCAUCUUGAGGACUCCAUUGAUGGCUGCCAUGCAUGAGGAUGAAUCUCCCGACUUGAUAGAAGUAUCCAGAAUAUUGAAGGAUACUCUUGAGAUAAAUGACAUUCCUUUGAAGGUAAGGAAGCUCAUUGUGAGAAUAUGUGAUGUGGUGACACGCAGAGCUGCCCGAUUGGCAGCUGCAGGCAUUGUGGGGAUUUUGAAGAAAAUUGGGAGGGAUGGCAGUGGUGGUGUUGCCAGUGGAAGAAGUAAGAGUGUAGGUGAGCCGUCAAGCAAAAUGAGAAGAACCGUUGUAGCGAUAGAUGGCGGUCUAUAUUCCAGUUAUACCAUGUUUAGGGAGUACUUAAAUGAGGCUGUGGCUGAAAUCUUAGGGGAGGAAGUGGCCCAACAUGUUGUCCUCAAAGUUAUAGAGGACGGGUCUGGAAUUGGAGCUGCUUUGCUUGCUGCUUCCCAUCCAUCCCUCAGUGUGGCUCAUGAUAAUGUAACGUUGCUAUAAAUCAAUAUAGAAAAUAUGUUGCCCCUGUAAAAUGUAGAAUUCAUUUUCCAUAAUCCAUUUAUAAUAUAUAUAUUUAUAUAUAUACAUAUCCAUAUGUGUAUAUAUAUGUACAUGUACAUAUAAGAAAAGAUUUGGUGUUGUACA